CUGCACUUAAAUUCAUCUGGCUUUGGUCCUUCGAUUCUCUCCGCUCCUCUCUGCCGCCUCUGCCGUCGUCCAGUACAGUCCUCCGUCUUCUCCCUACAGAUCUCCCUCCGGUAAUUGCACAUUGGAAAGGCUAUCAAGUUUUCUUCCCAAAACCUCUCUGAAGAAAACUGGAGAGAAGUUGCUGCUCAAGCAAGAAAAAGUUCUGCAUGCCCUCUUGAAAGCUCUGCAAUGUCAGGGUUGCUUAAUUCAUCUUUGAAUGGUUCAUCUUCAAACCUUUCCGACAACUCUGGGCGCUCUUACACAUCUUUUUCUGGUCAAUCUGGUGCAGCAUCCCCUGCUUAUCAUCAUUCUGGAAGUGUGCAGGGACUGCACAAUAUUCAUGGGAGUUUCAACGUUCCCAGCAUGCCAGGUACACUUGGAUCAAGGAACACAAGCAUAAAUAUGCCUUCAAGCAGUGUCCAACAGUCUGGGAACAAUCUUUCUAGUGGCCGUUUUGCAUCAAACAAUCUGCCAGUUGGUCUUUCACAGAUAUCUCACGGAAGUUCACAUGCUCAUACAGGGAUGACAAGUAGAGGUGGUUUAAGUGUUAUGGGGAAUACAGGAUAUAGUAGCAAUACAAAUGGGGUUGGUGGUUCGAUUCCCGGAAUCCUUCCAACAUCAGGUGCUAUUGGCAAUCGAAAUGCAGUUCCUGGACUUGGGGUGUCUCCAGUGCCUAGGAUGUCAAGCUCAGUUGGAAAUAUAGUCGGUGGUGGUAACAUGGGAAGAAACAUUAGCUCUGGUGUACUGUCUGUUCCUGGGCUGGCAUCUCGUUUGAAUUUGAAUUCUAACAGUGGUUCUGGAAACUUGAACAUUCAAGGCUCAAAUAGGCUUAUGACUGGUUCUCUUCAACAUCCUUCUCCACAAGUUAUGUCUAUGUUAGGAAAUUCAUAUCCUUCAGUCGGUGGCCCACUAUCUCAGAAUCACAUCCAUGCAGUCAACAACCUUAACUCUAUGGGAAUGUUGAAUGAUAUAAAUUCAAAUGACAGUGCCCCUUUUGAUAUCAAUGAUUUCCCUCAACUAUCCAGUCGCCCUAGUUCUGCUGGAGGUCCUCAAGGACAAAUAGGCUCAUUGCGAAAACAAGGCCUUGGUCCUAUAGUUCAGCAAAAUCAGGAGUUCAGCAUUCAAAAUGAAGAUUUUCCAGCUUUACCAGGAUUUAAAGGUGGCAGUAGUGAUUACCCUAUGGAUGUACACCAGAAAGAUCAGCUUCAUGAUAAUUCUGUCCCUAUGAUGCAACAACAAUUUUCUAUGGGAAGAUCUGGUAGUUUUAACAUGGGAGGAGCAUAUUCAUCUCAUCGCCCACAACAGCAUUCAUCGGUAGUGAGCAGUAGUGGCGUGUCAUAUUCAAAUGUAAAUAACCAAGAUCUUCUUCACACACAUGGUUCAGAUGUCUUUCAACCGUCACAUUCAACGUUUCACCAGCAGGUGGGUGCAUCCUCUAGCUUGGGAUUGAGACCUCUGAACUCUCCAAACUCUGCUUCUGGAAUCAGUUCAUCAUAUGAGCAGUUAGUCCAGCAAUAUCAGCUGCAUCAGAAUCAACCCCACCAAUUCCGUCUUCAACAACAGAUGUCUGCCGUAGGUCAGACCUACAGGGAAGACCAGGUCAUAAAGCCCUUAGUUGCUCCAGACCCAUAUGGCUUGCUUGGGUUGUUAAGUGUGAUAAGGAUGAGUGAUCCCAACCUUUCUUCCCUUGCACUUGGGAUUGACCUAACAACGCUGGGGUUGAACUUGAACUCCGCUGAGAAUCUGCACAAGACAUUUGGUUCACCAUGGUCAGAUGAGCCUAUCAAGGGUGACCCGGAGUUUAAUGUCCCUCAAUGUUAUUAUGCCAAACAAUCGCCACCACUAAAUCAAGCGUACUUUAAAAAGUUUCAGUUGGAUACUUUGUUUUAUAUAUUUUACAGCAUGCCAAAAGACGAGGCACAGCUAUAUGCCGCAAAUGAAUUGUACAACAGAAACUGGUUUUAUCAUAGAGAGCAUCGGUUGUGGUUGUUGAGGUUAAGCAACGCGGACCUUCUUGUUAAGACCAAUACAUACGAGAGAGGAUCUUAUAUUUGUUUUGACCCAAACACAUGGGAAACUGUUCGUAAGGAUAAUUUCGUGCUACAAUAUGAGAUGGUGGAAAAGAGACCACCUCUUCCUCAACAUUAACCCUCCAUGUACUUGGGUGUAAAUUCUGUAACCGGGUAGUUCCUUACCAGUAGUUGUCCAGUUUAUCAGUUUUUUUUAGCAAUCUUUUCCAUCAUUGUAGAUUCUGUAUUGAUAAUGUCAACUGUCAAUUAGUUCAAGAAUAUGGUUUACAGUGCGUUCAUCAACUCUAGUAUUCAUCACAACCCAUUUGUUCUUAUUAGUAGUAAAACCCGGGUUUCCCCUUAUUAAUCCCCUG